AUGCCUACCCGGACCAAGCUUUACCGAGCUACCGGCCUCCUGGCCACGGCCUCCCUCGUUGCCGCAGGCCCUUGUGACAUCUAUGCCUCUGGCAACACUCCUUGCGUAGCCGCUCACGGCACCACCCGCGCCCUUUACAACUCCUACUCUGGUCGCCUCUACCAGGUCCAGCGUGGAUCCGAUAAUGCCAAGCAGGACAUCAGUGCUCUCUCGGCCGGAGGCGUGGCGAACGCAGCAGCCCAAGACAGCUUCUGCUCUGGAACAACAUGUGUGAUCACGACCAUCUAUGAUCAGUCUGGCCGUAACAACCAUCUCACUCCUGCACCGCCAGGUGGAGCAGCCAAGGGCCCACAAAGUGGAGGCUACGACAAUCCAGCUUCGGCUAUUGGUGCACCGGUCACACUCAAUGGGCAGAAAGCAUAUGGCGUCUUCAUCUCUCCUGGGACAGGGUACCGCAAUGACGCCACCUCUGGUAUCGCUACAGGGGAUGCAGCAGAAGGGAUGUACGCUGUCCUGGACGGCACUCACUACAACGGUGGCUGUUGCUUCGACUACGGGAACGCGGAGACGAGCAACACAGACACAGGCUCCGGACACAUGGAAGCCAUCUACUACGGUACCUGCACAAUCUGGGGCACUGGUAGCGGCAAUGGUCCCUGGGUCAUGGCCGACUUGGAGAAUGGCCUCUUCUCCGGCUACAAUCUCAAGCAGAAUACAGCCGAUCCUACACAAUCGUCUCGUUUCGUGACAGCCGCGGUGAAAGGCGAGCCCAAUCAAUGGGCCAUUCGUGGAGGCAACUCGGCCUCCGGGGGUCUGUCGACAUACUACAGCGGGACACGGCCAAACGCCGCCGGGUACAAUCCAAUGCACAAGGAAGGCGCGAUCAUUCUCGGCAUUGGUGGGGACAACAGUAUCUCCGGCCAAGGAACAUUCUACGAGGGCGUCAUGACCUCCGGCUACCCCACCGAUGCUAUCGAGAACUCCGUACAGGCCAACGUGGUAGCAGCGAAAUACGCCGUAACCUCUCUUACCAGCGGCCCAGCCGUCAACGUAGGCUCGAAGGUCUCAUUCCACCUUACCACGCCCGGUUACACGGAUCGCUACCUCGCGCACAACGGCUCAUCAGUCAUAACCUCGAUCGUCUCGUCCUCAUCCCCAUCCUCUGCUCGCGGCUCCGCUAGCUUCACCGUCCGGACCGGCCUUGGCUACAGUGGCUGCGUGUCCUUCGAGAGCGUCGACACUCCCGGCUCCUUCAUCCGCCACUACGACUUCGUGCUCGAGCUCAACGCCAACGAUGGCAGCCAAAGCUUUGCCGAGGAUGCAACAUUCUGUCCUCAAGCAGGUUUGAGUGGAACGGGAAACACAAUCAGAGCAUGGGGCUACCCGACCAGGUUCUUCAGGCACUACUACAAUGUCGGGUAUGUGGCUAGUGAGGGUGGGCCAGAGGCUUUUGAUUCCACGACUAGCUUCAACAACGAUGUCACUUUCCUUGUGCAGGCUAGUCUGGCUUGA